AUGGGGUCCUUGUCUCGCCUGAUUCCCGGGAGACGCUUGGCGACCUACUACAGUGAUGACAAUGUAUGGCAUGAGCGUAUAGCCAUCUGGAGGGUCAACGCUUACGAGUGGUUUGUGUUGACGCCCGAUGCGGACCUUUAUCCGGAGAUACUCACGGGGGGUCAAGUGGACGGACCUGUGAAGGUAAAAAUCCAGGGGGAAGAUUUCCGAUAUUGGAGCCGGGUCGGCGGCACAGUGUACCGCUUUCGGGAGAACAUUGAGGACUCAGCGCUGAGGGACCGCAUGAAUGAAGCCCGGGUCGAAGCCCAGUCCCUUGCGGGUUAUGACUCCCAAUGGUUCCCGUCGGAAGUGAUUGAUUCUUCAGGUGCGACAGUGUCCGCGGAGGCUUUCGGGCUAGUGCGGGAUCCUAAGAGGCGCCUUCGUGGCAAGCAACCAAGAGGAGGCCAGGCCUCGCCGGGCCCUGCUGCCGAUGCGAGCUGGGUGUUGGACAUAGUCGGACCUAUGACGGCGGCGCCGGAAGGCAAGGUGUGGCUGGCCCUUGAGACCAUGGAUGGGGUCAGGAGGGGCCAGGAGAUCGAGGUGCGGCCCGACAUUGACCUGAAGAUUGAGGAGACCACCGGCUUGGUCCGAAAAGGCGGCGGAUGGCUAAAGGUGGGACUCUAUGAUCUUGCUGAGGUGCCGCUCCCCCCUUUGAUCCCUGAGCCGCAAGGGAAUGCUAUGCUUGGUGCAGAUACCAAGGAUGAUUCGCCUCGGGAAGGAGCUUCACAUGAUGCUCGUACCUUGAUGGUGGACUACGAUGCUCAUGGUUACCGCCAUAAAGAAUGGCGAGAGCUUUUGCACGAAAUCAAGGAGUAUCAGUACACGGAUUGGCCCUUAGAAGGGCCGGGUACUGUCCUUCAUAUGGUCCGCCACAUGUUCAAGUACGGUGGGGACAGUCGUCAAUGGCUCAUGCUAUGGGCUCGUCACCGCGGCCUGGUCGACGGUGACCGGGUGAUGCAUGAAUUACGGGUUCUGGUAGACAUACUUUGGUAUGGAGGUUCUUACGAUCAACUGAAUCUGGGAAGUCUUGUUUGCAUGGAGGUCGCCGCUCGACGUGUUCAAGCAGUGGUCGAUGCCUAUAGUGCGGGCGGGACCGGCGCCCCAGACUGGGGGAACGCUCGUCUGUUCACCAAUUAUGUCGGACCUGAGGACAUUGUGUCGCCACAGCUGCGAACAUGGGCCGCACGUCGCGGCAAGGAGGAGGUCGAGUUACAUCAAGCACGCAAUCGAUUGAAGGAGCUCAAGAAAGGUGGCGGAUCGACUGCCGUUGACGAGGCGGCGGGCGCCGUCGCAGAUGGUAACACAGCUGGCGGCGCUGGAGGGCGAGCCGAACGCCGACGAGGCAAUCGGACCAAUGCCUUGGAGGCGCCGCAGGCGCCAUGA